AUGUCGCCUAUCCCCAUCGUCAUCUGUGGCAGACACCCGAAUAUCGGAAAAGCUGCUCGUGAGGGCAUUAAGCCAGAAUACGAUGUAAUCCACAUCAACCUCUCUGUCGAAGAAGCAACUUCGUCCAUACCGCUUCUCCUCUCCUCCAAAAGCCCACCUAACAGCUCCUCCAACAUUGGAUCCCAGAACUACGGCGAGCGACCCGCUGCUAUAGCUCUUGGGGGUGGCUUUAACGACGAGAUGUUCACAGAGAUCAAAGGUUCUUGUGGGGAGGAGAAUAUGGUAUGGGUGCGAGCCGAUACCACCAAGACAGCGGAGAUGCCAGACAUUAAUGAUCAAGAGGCGUAUGGAAAAGCGAUGGGGGUGCGGCUGAAGAAGUGCUUGGAUGAGUUGAAGGUUGGGAAGGAAGGUGGUACGACGGAAGGGGUGUGGUUCUUCUGA